AUGGUCUUGGAGACCGACCGCCUUCCUACCAUUGUCCAGGAAUUUUUGGCAAGUGCUGAUAAACUCCAAAUUGUUAUACAAAAAGCGACUUUGGAUAUUUUGGAAGACAUCCAAAAGUUGCUUUACGCCAACGAAUUUGCUCGAUGGCUCGGGUUUGACAAGCUCAGCCGGCAAACUUCACUCCUUAGUGACUGGCGGAAACAGCGGGCUGAUCAGGCUUGCGAAUUCUUGCUGGAAAACCCUACCUUUAAAAACUGGUAUAAUACCUCGGAGUCUCAGCAGUUAGUGGUUCUCGGCGAUAUGGGCCAUGGAAAAUCCUUUGCAAUGGCAUAUCUUGCAGAGAGGCUGAGUUUAAGAAACAAAUAUCGUCUCCCGCGACCCGUACUAUGCCAGUACUAUUGCCGGGAUUAUGAGACAGGGAAGGCCACCUCUGUACUCUCUGGUUUGGUUUAUUCACUGCUAAGCAAGCUUCAAGGUCUGCAGAAGCCAUUUUACGAGCGAUAUAAACAGGCUGAAGCUUCUGAUUUUAAUCCCUCCGAAAAUAUCGACAUGAUGGAAAACUUUUUGCAAGAUAUGCUGGAAACAAUUGAUCGACCCGUUGUUUUCGUGAUUGACGGCUUGGAUGAGUGCGAUGACGACUCGUGGAACAGACUUCUCGGAUUUCUGAAAUCUAUAUGCCAAAAGGCUUCGGGGCUCAAGAUUAUUCUAUCUUGUCGUCCACGGGAAGAGAUCCUGGAACAGAUAGACGAUAUGGCUAGGAUAGUACUUCAUUCCGAUCCUGAGCGAGAUCGUAUCAUCGUCAAUAAAACGCUUGAAAGACUGCCUUAUCUACGACCGGAUAUCAAGGCACUUGUCAGAGAAAAUUUGUCUCAACGAGCGCAAGGAAGUGCCAUAUGGGUGACGAUGAUAAUUGAGCUUAUCAAACUGCGUCGAAUCAGGGCAAAGCCUUUCAUGGAACGCUUUUUGGAAGAGAUACCCCUCCCUGAAAAGCUCUCGGAAGUCUACGGCAGUAUACUUUCGCGUGCUACUUCAGAUGAUCGUGAGAAUCGGCUACUUGCCAUCACAGCUCUGAAAGUACUCGCUGUCAGUCGCAGGUCUUUGAGCAUAGUAGAACUCGCCUGGGCCGUGACACUGAGCCUGUCCCAGAACGUCAGAACUGUGGACGGUCUUGCUCAGCUGGUGGACCAUCAGAGAGUCAUGGGUCUCAUUUAUCCAUUCAUUGCUUCCCCCGACUACGAUGAACCAAGGAGACCUCAAAUUCGAAUCAUACACCAGUCUGUGAAGGAGUGGGUUUUCACACAGUGUGAACCAAAAGGUUCAGCCUCUGAAGCGCCUGGUCAGAUGAACAACGUUUCCAAAAGUCUGGAUGCAUUUAUGCUCGAUAUCUGCAUCAAGUAUCUGCUCUUGGAUGAUAUUGGCAAUAAUGAUCUGUUCUCGGAGGAGCAAGCAGCAUUUGCAGAACUACCUCAAUUUUCUGAAUCGUGCAGCGAUGAUGUAGCGCCACUCGAGUAUGACCCAAACUGCACGUGGGAAUCCUGGGAAGACGAUAUGGCUCGGUUCGACCCGGUCGACCGUGGCUUUGGCGAAUUCUUCGUCUACGCAUCAUGCCAUUGGGUAGACCAUUUCGGUUGCAUAAAUAUUCUACCUCUUCCAAGCCUAGCAGACAUCGAAACUAUAUGUCAAGCGGAAUCCACUCGACUUCGGAAUUGGACUCAACAAAAUUGCCGUCCAGGCUGCACGAUGUCCCCCAGAUUUGAAUUUGACAGCAGUCUGUACGAUCCACUGAGCAUCACUUCAAUCUAUGGCUCAGAAUCCACGCUACUUGAUAUGCUUCAGAAGUCAGACCUCGACAGCGAUAAGUUCCUUCAAGGGUCAGCUAUGAAGGCUGCCGACCAGAUUCUUCGGUGGGGGAGCGUGUCGAGACUCAGGAUCCUGUUCUUGGAUAAGUGGACUGGUCAGCAGCUACAAAAUUAUGAGUUUUUCCGGCUUGUCAUAAUCAGGUGGGGCGAAGCCCGACUUAUCACCAAUCCAUGGCACAAAGAACGGCAGGACUGGGACCUUGUAUUCGAUCUUGUCAACAAUGUGUCAGAGAAGCUGGUUGAGGAACAUUGGGGAAAUGAGCUCUUGUGCUUUGCUGCCAGUGCAGGCUGUAUGCCCAUAGUCAAGCGUUUGAUGACGAGCGCCCAGCAUCAGGGAGAGCUGAGAAAUGAAUUGCUCCGCGAACACCACCUUGAAGAAAAACAGCCAUCAUUCGACAAAUUAACGUAUCAAUUGAUCGGACAGGCUGUUUUGGGGAAUCACGUUGACGUCGUGGAAUACUUACUAGGAGAGAAUGGCAUUGAACCGCACCUUUGA